GAUGGGAGCCGCUCGGAUACAACGUGACACGCUGCCACAGCUACAACCUCACGGUGCAGUACCGCUACCGACCUGCAGGGGCCACUAGCAGGGAGGAGGUGAAGGAGGAGGUGGUGUAUGACACUCUGAGCAUUGUGCCGCAACACACCGUUCACAACCUGCCACCAUUCACCAACGUCAGCCUCAAGCUGGUGCUAAGCAACCACGAGGGCCAGAAGGAGAGCUCGGAGGUUCUGGUGCUGACGGACGAGGACGUCCCUGGGCCCAUCCCCCUGGACUCUGUCCUGGGCAGCAGCCAUGAGCAGCAGAUCGGUCUGAGCUGGAGGGAACCUAUGCAGACCUUUGGACUCAUCCGCCAUUAUGAGAUAUCCUACAAAGUCCUGAGCUCCUUCGACACUGACUUCCACCUGUCCAAUCAGAGUGGCAAGGUGUUUAAACUGGCCAAUGAGACAAGCCAUGAGUUCACCGGCCUCUACCCCGGCUCUACCUACUCCUUCACAAUAAGAGCCUCCACCAUCAAAGGCUUUGGCCCCCCCACCAUCACACAAUUCACCACCAGGAUCUCAGCUCCCCUGAUGCCAGCGUAUGACCAGGAGCCUCCUCUCAACCAGACUGACUCGACAGUUACAAUUCUGCUGAGACCGGCUCAGAGCCGCGGAGCCCCCAUCAGUAAGUAUCAGGUGGUGGUGGAGGAGGAGCGCCCCCGCAGGCAAAGGAGAGGUACUGCAGAGAUCCUGCGCUGCUAUCCCAUCCCGAUCCACUUCCAGAACUCGUCCCUACUGAACUCCCAGUAUUACUUUGGCGCCGAGCUGCUGAUGAGUGAGCUGAAGACACCAUUACCCUUCAGCGUUGGUGACAACAGGACCUACAACGGCUACUGGAACCCCCCUCUGCUGCCUCAUAAGAGUUAUGGAAUCUAUUAUCAGGCUGUGAGCACUGCUAACGGGGAGACAAAGAUCGACUGUGUGCGAGUGGCUACUAAAGCUGCCAUAAUCAUCACCCAGCUCACCACACCGUACAUUCGCAUUUCCCCAGCGGCUGGCGACAAGCAGCUAACAGGAGCUACAACCAGAGACCCAGAACCAGAGCAAGAGAAACAGUCAGAUCACACGGUAAAAAUAGCUGGAUCCAUUGCUGGAGUUCUGCUCUUCGUCAUUAUCUUCCUGGGAGUCAUCCUACUGACAAAGAAGAGGCGAAGAAAUUAUCACUCCUACACUUACUACCUGAAGUUGGCAAAGAAGAGGAAAGAAACCUUGACCUCGAGACAGGAAAUGACUCUGAUGGUCAACAACUCCCAGCAUACAGCUGUGGUGGAUACACACACACUGAAUGGUCGCACUGUGUCGUCUCCCUCCUCCUUCACCCUGAAGACCAACACCAUCAGCACCACCGUUCCCAAGUCCUAUUACCCAGAUCCCUUCGUUCCAACCGCCAUCCUGGACGACAGCCACACCAUGACCAGUGAAACCAGCAGUCUGGUCCAGUCCCACUAUAAGCAGCGGGAGGCGGAGCGAGAGGCACUGCCCUACCAGACUGGUCAGCUCCACCCAGCCAUCAGGGUUGCUGACCUGCUGCAGCACAUCACUCAGAUGAAGUGUGCAGAGGGCUACGGCUUCAAGGAGGAAUACGAGAGGUUCUUUGAGGGACAGUCUGCACCAUGGGACUCGGCCAAGAAGGAUGAGAACCGCAUGAAGAACCGCUAUGGAAACAUCAUCGCCUACGAUCACUCUCGUGUGCGUCUACAACCUCAGGAGGGAGAUGGCGGUUCGGACUACAUCAAUGCAAACUAUGUGGAUGGCUACCACAGACCCAACCACUACAUCGCUACACAAGGUCCCAUGCAGGAGACAGUGUACGAUUUCUGGAGGAUGGUUUGGCAGGAGAACACAGCUGCCGUUGUCAUGGUAACCAACCUUGUAGAGGUGGGACGGGUAAAAUGCUGUAAAUACUGGCCUGAUGACACAGACAUUUAUGGUGACAUGAAGGUCACGCUGAUCGAAACACAACUGCUGUCCGAAUACGUGAUCCGGACAUUUGCUGUAGAAAAGAGAGAUGUGGCUGAGAUCAGGGAGAUCCGGCAGUUCCAUUUCACUGGUUGGCCCGAUCAUGGCGUUCCUCUGCACGCCACCGGACUCCUGGGAUUCAUUCACUGCGUCAAAGCCAAGGUCCCUCCCACUGCUGGGCCGACUGUGGUGCACUGCAGUGCGGGGGCUGGUCGUACAGGAUGUUUCAUUGUGAUUGACAUCAUGUUGGAUAUGGCAGAACGAGAGGGAGUGGUCGAUAUUUACAACUGUGUGAGAGAGCUGAGAGAACGAAGAGUUAACAUGGUGCAGACUGAGGAGCAGUACGUCUUCAUCCACGACGCCAUCCUGGAGGCGUGUCUCUGUGGCAACACAUGCAUUACAGCGAAUCAGCUGCGCUCUAUCUACUAUGAGAUGAACCGGUUGGAUCCACAGACAAACUCGUGUCAGAUCAAAGAGGAGUUCAGGACGCUGAACAU